AGCUGCAGCUGGAGAGGUGGCGUUUGGAGCAGACGCGACAGAACUUACAGAUAUCACCUCCGACGCUUAAUAGUUCUCCUGCUGUAAUUUCUUGGAGAUAGGGUCUCUCUACAAAGCCCAAGCUGGCCGCCACCUCACAAUCCUCUUGCUUCCAUCUCUGGAAUGCUGGGGUUACAGAAACUGGAUGGCUUCUACAGGGAGCCAGGCCUCUGAUAUAGACAAGAUUUUUGGAUUCUUCAAUGAUGGCGAACCUCCCACCAAAAAGCCCAGGAAGCUGCUUCCAAGCUUGAAAACCAAGAAACCUCGAGAACUCGUGCUGGUGAUUGGCACAGGCAUUAGCGCUGCAGUUGCACCACAGGUCCCAGCCCUGAAAUCCUGGAAGGGGUUAAUUCAGGCCUUGCUGGAUGCUGCUAUUGAUUUUGAUCUUCUGGAAGACGAGGAAAGCAAAAAGUUUCAAAAGUGUCUCCAUGAAGACAAGAACCUUGUCCAUGUUGCCCAUGACCUCAUUCAGAAACUCUCCCCCCGUACCAGUAAUGUGCGGUCCACAUUUUUCAAAGACUGUUUAUAUGAAGUAUUUGAUGACCUGGAGUCAAAGAUGGAAGAUUCGGGAAAACAGCUCCUUCAGUCUGUUCUCCAUCUGAUGGAAAAUGGAGCCCUAGUAUUAACUACAAAUUUUGAUAAUCUCCUAGAACUCUAUGCAGCUGACCAGGGAAAACAGCUUGAAUCCCUUGACCUUACUGAUGAGAAAAAGGUUCUGGAGUGGGCUCAGGAGAAGCGGAAGCUAAGUGUGUUACACAUCCAUGGGGUUUAUACCAAUCCUAGUGGCAUUGUCCUCCACCCAGCUGGAUAUCAGAACGUGCUCAGGAACACUGAAGUUAUGAGAGAGAUUCAGAAACUCUAUGAAAACAAGUCAUUUCUUUUCUUGGGCUGUGGCUGGACGGUGGACGACACCACUUUCCAGGCCCUGUUCCUGGAGGCUGUCAAGCAUAAAUCUGACCUAGAGCAUUUCAUGCUGGUCCGGAGAGGAGAUGUAGAUGAGUUCAAGAAGCUCCGAGAAAACAUGCUGGACAAGGGGAUCAAGGUCAUCUCCUACGGAAAUGACUAUGCUGAUCUUCCGGAAUAUUUCAAGAGACUGACAUGUGAGAUCUCCACAAGAGGCAGAUCAGCAGGGAUGGCAAGAGAAGGCCAGCUAAAUGGUUCAUCUGCAGCACACGGUGGAGUAAGAGGCUGUAGUACAUGAGCAAGCUGGAGACAUCACCAUUAGACCAUGCUAUGGGCCCUUCCUGUGGAUGUGUGUGACAAAAGCAAACAUACAAGAACUCAGAACAGCUCCCAGGAAGUACCAACACCCUAAGUUGAAGCUUGGGGUAGAAUAGGGGUAGCAGUGUUGCACCUUCCCUUCAUGCUGGCUGUUUCUUGAUACUCUGCCUGGUUCAGUUUAAUACCCAGUGACAUCAGGACUCAAUGCAGCCCCUACCCACCCCAGGGCAGGGCAUCCUUAUCUACACAGCAGACCAAUAUGAUGGCUCCUGGCUAUGGCUGGCAGCUCUGCAGGACUUGGGGAGCAAGAAGUCGUGGAGUCCGUGGGCUUGUGUUGCAGUUUUGUACUCUAUUUGGUUUUUCCAAUUGAGCUAUGGCUUUUUUAAAACAUGACUUGAAGCUCUAGUUUUCUAGAUCUUUUACAGUGUACAGUAUUUUACAUAACUGAGCUGUAUUAAAAGCUUGUUCAUUUACAUGCCAGGGCCCUGAUUCUACAUUUAAGAGUUGAUUGUUAAACAUGAAACUUGCAUUCUAUUUUCAUCUUAGACAGGAUGAUCUUUCUUAGGACAAGUUGUCCAGUUCCUCAGAGCACCGUUAGCUCCUUUCAUGCCCUUCU